UUGAGAUGGAGGAGGAAGGCCCCACUCUUGCAUCAAUCAAAGUGCAUCUUUAGAGGGCUUCCACUUCAUUGCCCUUAACUGUUUCCAUGGUGUAAUUCAGCAUCUGGUUCGCAUGGGAAGCCGUUCCUUGGAGCAACCUACUGUUACGUUCCCUCCAUAGUCCAUAUAUCAUGAAUAUUUUGUGUGAGACAAUGAGGCUAAGAAAGAUGUGUUCCUUAAGCAUGGGAAUGGCCUAGUUAAUAAAGAGGGAAAGGACCAAGCGCCAUCUGUGAUGAAGUUGCUGACAGUAGCAAACUGCCCUGCUAUGAAACUGUCUGCAAGAGGAGUAAGAUGACACCCGUUAUCAUACCAAAAGGAUAUGGCUCUCAUAUUGCCUAUGUGAUGUUCGACAAAUGGCCUAUCAAUGCUCCGAAGCUGCAACAUCUUCCUCCAAGUCCAAAAAGCUUGUUGAGGGAACAUUGAGCUAGGAGCCAAGCAAAGAAGCAUCCAGGCAAAAGAGCUAAGCAAGCAAGGAAAAAUGCUAAAAAUCUAAAAAAUUUGCUAAGCUAAGCUUUAAAUUUGGAGUUGAAGUGCUAAAGGACCUUUGUGAGACUUUCUUUACUCAAUCCCUUAGUUAAAUCGUCGACUCACGUGGAGGCUUGCUUUUAAUUGUUCUUUGUAUCAUUAUUGUUAAAGCAUAGGAGUAUGGGUUAAGUGUUUGUGGAGGAAGUUUCAUUAAAAUUGUUGUGAAGUUGAAGUGUUUGUCAUUCUUUGUGCUUGUUGUGUUUUGCAUUGUGCAUGUAUGGACGUCGUUCAUUGAAACCCAUUCUUGUCCCUUUAGAUUUGCAUCUUGAAUCCAUCGUUAGAAAUCCUAGGGGAAAAGGAAGUUCAAAUAGAACCAAUCUAUCAAUGGAUGACUAUAAUGAUGAUCAUGUUGAGGACCUUGGUCACAUAGACCAACAAGGUAUCCUUCACCCAAAUGUGCAUCAUGAGAACAUUCAAGCACCAUUAAGCAUGCCUAGGCCAUUCAUUCACCAACCACAACAACAAGAAGGCCAAGCUCCAUAUGGAAUGCCAAGGGCAAUGUAUGCUCCACAACCUUCCAUCAUCAAUCAAGGAAUUCAAAACCAAGAUGUUCAUGUUGCACCUCAAGUAGCUAAUCCACCUCUUGCUUUAAGAGACCAUUAUGUGCCUAAUGAGUAUAAUGCACCUACAUGCAUCCAAUUGCCUCCAUUUAGAGCACAUCAUUAUAAAAUUAAGCCACAAACCAUUCAAAUGCUUCCUAACUAUCAUGGACUUCCAAGUGAAGAACCUUACAAUCAUUUGGAUAAGUUUCUUGAAGUAUGUUCCACCGUAAAAUAUACGGACAUGCCAAAAGAGGUCUUAAGACUCAAACUUUUUCCAUUCACCUUAAAAGACAAGGCAAAGUAUUGGUUUAACAAUCUUAGGCCUUUUUCAAUCACUUCUUGGGCAGAAAUGCAACAAAAGUUCUUGAAGAAGUACUAUCCGAUUUCAAAAACCAAUGCUAUGAGAACUUCAAUUAGAGAAUUUACAUAUGGGGAUGGAGAAACGUUUCAUGAGGCAUGGGAACGCUUCAAUGAGUUGCUUAGGAAGUGUCCACAUCAUGACAUGCCCAAAUGGCAAUUUGUUCAAUAUUUCUUUGAGAGCUUAUCGAACAAUUAUAAGGGUAUGGUUGAUGCUUCCAUGGGUGGCUCAUACAUUGAUAGGCAUGAGGAUGACGUGUAGCAUCUUUAUGAGAGCAUGAGUGAAAAUUCUUUGCAUAGAACAUUAUCAUCCAAAAAUGGUAGAAAUUCACAAGAUAGGAAGAGUGUUGGCUUACAUCAAGUCGACCAUUCAAAUGAAAUAGCCGCUAAAAUGAAGUCUUUAUCUCAAAGGUUUGAUCAAUUUUUGAUUAACCAAAACUUGACGAACCAAGUAUCUUCCUUCCCUAACCAUUCUCAUCGUGCAUCAAAUGAAACAUAUAUGACUUGCUCUAGUGUUCUUCAUUCUACUUCUCAUUGUCCUCAUGGAUAAGUGCAAAAUGAACGUAAUGAACAAGUCAAUGCAACUUUUGUGAACCAAAGGAACAAUCCUUAUGGUACUCAUUAUAAUCCAAGUUGGAAAAAUCAUCCGAAUUUCUCUUGGAAAAACCAAGGAGAGGGCUCAAACCCUUCCCAAGGCGGUUUUUAAGGGAAGUACAUUCCACCUCCACUUCAAAACCAAAGAUCCCAAGGUUAUAGACCUUAUAAUUCACAAGGGAAUCAAUUUGCUAAUUCACAUUUUCCCAACCAAUUUUAUUCCCAAGAAAAUACUAUAAGUCCCACAUUUGAAGAAAAAGUUUUAAAUGCUUUGGGCAAUUUAGAGGCUAACACUCAAUCGCUUCAUUCUCACUCUCAAUCUAUUGCAAAGCUAGAAACCCAAGUAGGGCAAAUAGCAAGCACUCUUAAUGCAAGAGAGAAGGGAAAGAUGCCUAUUAAUGCCCCACCUAAGCAACAAUGUGUUGUGGAAACCCAUUCCUCAUUGGAAGGCCACACCAUUGAACAUGUUAAUGCGGUGACUACCUUGCGGAGUGGUAAGAUUGUGGACAAUCAAGUUGAAAUGUCCAAUGAAGAGAGUGAACCGGUGCAACCUCAAGUUGUCAACCGUCCCGUUUCACAUUCCAUUCCUCAUUCAUUACAUAUACAUGAUCUUGUGAAUGAGAAAACUUCGAAAUGUGAUUUGAAGAAUAAUUUUCAAAAUGAUUUGAAGAAAGAUUUGCAAAAAAAUGAUGUUGAAAAAGUUUUGCUGAAAAAUGAUUUGAAACAAAGUGAUUUGAAAACUUCUUGUGUUGAAGAGAGUUCAAAGAAAAUUCUGAAAAAGUGUUUGAAAAAGUUCCAUUUCCGGAUGCCUUAAGAGGGUCCAUUUCGAAGGAAAAACAAAAGGCAAAAACCAAUGAAAUUAUGGAAAUGUUUAGGCAAGUAAAAGUCAAUCUUCCAAUCCUAGAUGCAAUCAAGCAAAUUCCGGCUUAUGCCAAAUUCUUGAAAAACUUGUGCACCCAAAAGUGGAAGAACAAGAGCCAAGCACCAAGGAAAGUGGUUUUAACCGAGCAAGUAAGCUCAAUUUUGCAACAUAACACUUUGCCAAAGUUUAAGGACCCCGGUUCACCUACUACUUCAUGCAUCAUUGGUAAUCAUAUCAUUAAUCGGGCGCUUCUUGACUUAGGAGCAAGUGUUAACCUUAUUCCAUACUCGGUUUAUGUCAAAUUGGGCCUAGGUGAAUUAAAACCGACAUCAGUAGUUUUACAACUUGCCAACCGAUCUAUCAAGAAGCCUAGGGGUGUCAUUGAGGAUGUGUUGAUUAAAAUUAAUAAAUUCUUCUUCCCGAUUGAUUUCGUUAUCAUAAACACGGAACCGGUCCCCAAUCCUAAAAGUCAAAUUCCUGUUAUCCUUGGCCGUCCUUUCUUGGCAACCGCUAAUGCCAACAUCAAUUGUAGGACGGGGAUAAUGAAGAUCUCAUUUGGCCACAUGAAGGUGAAGUUGAAUAUCUUCAAUCCCACACCUAAUUCAUUUGACAAAUAUGAAGGAGAGGUUAAUGUUGUAGAUAAAUGUCAUGAUCUUCAAUGUCAAGGAAGUGAGCUUUUGUGAAAGACCAAAACUUCAAAGGGAUCAUCUUCAACCUUGCAUUCUCAAAGUGUUACUUCAAAUUCUUGCUUUGAAAGGGCAUGGAAGCCCAAAGGUUGUGAUUGCAUAGACAAAUGAUCAAAAGUUUCUUUUGAGCUUAAUCCAACAAGUUCUUCAAAGAACCAUUUGUUGGGUGGAGUUUAAAGCAUCUAUCACCCCAACAAGGAGGGGAUGCAUUAUAAGAUCUUUGAUCCGGGCUAAAAGAGCCCAACGUCUUGCUAAAAACGUUAAAGACUAGCAACGACAUUUCGUAGGGUGUCAAAACCAUAUUCCUCCCUUAUUUCUAUCUUAAAUUUAAUUUCUUGCGAAGUCUAGAUACUUGUUUUUGGUUUAUAUACAUUGAUAGGAACUUUGAUUAGGAUUGCAUGAUUUUUAUGUUGUGAUUGAGCAUUUUGCAUAAGUUCGAUCGAUCUCAAAUAAGAGUUCGAUCGAUCGAACUCCCACCUGCAUCCAACACUUAGAAAAAAUUUCGACAUACAUCCACCUGCAUCCAAAUCAUUUCUCUGUCCCAUCGUUCAAACUUAUUUUUAGAUCAAUCAGGAGACCUUCGAUCGAUUCAACAUUAAAGUUUGAUCAAUCUCAUAAUCCAACACUUAGAAAAUUUUGAGCCUGCAUCAACCUACAUAUUUCAGCUCUAUAACUCAUCGAUCGAAAACAUUUCAAGAUCGAUCUGAAGUUCUUCGAUCGAUCGAAUAUUCAAGUUCGAUCAAUCUCAAGUUCCAACACUUAGCCAAUUUUCUGAGCCGUAAACCUGCAUAUUCUUACUCUCUGUCUGAUCGAUCGAACUCUUAUUCUGAUCGAUCUCAGUUCUUCAUUUCAUUAUUUUGACUUUAUUUUGACUUUUCAAAUUUCAAAAAUCCAAAAAUAUUUUCAUUUUUAUUUUAUUUUAUUUUAUUUUUCAAAAAGUUUUCAAAAAUACAAAAAUAUUUUAGUUUAUUUAGUUUUUAAUUAUUAUUGUUUAUUCAAUUAAAAAAAGGAAAGAGAAAAGACAAAGUUUGAUCGAUCUCAGUUGAGGUUCGAUCGAUCGAACUCUAUCGGGUAUAUUUUUUAAAAUAGAAAUCGAGAGUUGUGAGAUCGAUUACAGAGAUCGAUCCAACUUUCUCAAACUCUAACCCCCCUUCUCUCUUUUGUCAUCGCCACUGUGCACUCUCCAUCUUCCUCAUUUCCGGUGACACCUCCGGCGACUUCAAGCUCACCCCGAAUCUCACUCCCUCUUCAUCUCCACUUCUCUCUUCAGUUGAGGUAAGAUCCGAGGCUUCAUUUAGGUUUUUAAGCUUAGAUUUUAUACAUAGAUGCUUUACAUGUUCAAUCCAUGCCAUUUUCAUAAUAAAUUUGCCAUUGAUGAGCUUCGAGACACUGAGUUUAUAUAUGUAUAUAUGUGUAUAUGCUUUUUAUAUAUAUUUGUUUAUUUAGAUUCGAUUUUGGGAGUAUUGGCCUUGUUUGGGUGAUGGUAAUUGAUGAUUUGUUGUGUUGGUGGGCCCACGACCUUAUUUGUGUGGCCCCUAUGCUUCCAAAGUCACAGAUCUGUGACCUUUGAGUUUUCACCUUCGCACAGUUCGAUCGAUCGAACUUCAAUCUCAGAUUGAUCUUGAGAGAUCAAUCGAACUCAUAUCUUAGAUCGAUCGAAGUUUUGAGAUCGAUCUCAAACCUUUUUAUGAUCGAUCGAACUUUACAUAUCUCAUACACACACUUCAUUCAUCAUGCCUUAUGUUCAUACUAUCUCAUAUAUGCUCAAUGCCUGUGAUAUUCCACAUUGGAUACAUUUCAUACUUACAUUGUUUAGCAUGUUUCAUAUCUUGUCACUUGCAUAAAUACAUGUCAUAUAUGUUUUGUCUAUGUUAUUUGACAUGCAUCUUUCUAGUUUGUGCUUUUAAUUCUUAAUUCUGGCACUGACUCCCCUUGCAAGUUUUUAAAUUUCAGGCUAUGACUAAGCGCAAGACUGUUGCCAAAAGGCAACACGGGCCUCAGAGACAUAUCAGACCACGGAUAGAGGAGCCAACAGAGCCUUCUCAUGCACAGGAGGAGCCAGUACAGCUUACUCCACCUUAGUCACCUGCUCAUGAGGCUGAGGAUGCUCAUAUUCCAUCCACCUCUAUAGCUCAGCCUGCAUUUACACCAUCACCAUCUCCACCACAUGCUAGAGCUGAGCAUUCACUAGUACCAUCUCCACCAUGCCAGCCAGCUAAGCCAGCUCAGGAGCGUGAUAGGCCCGCGCCUAGAUAUGCACAUAUGGCAGUAGACCAUGAGUCGGUGUUCGACACAGACUUUUUCUCCAGAUCGGUGCUGACCCGAUCAGCUUACCACGACGUUAUUCAGAGGGGCCUUGCAGCUAUUCUUGCCCCAGUUACAGAGCCAGUCUACCCGCAGUUAGUACGAUUGUUCUUCCAGAACCUUCGACCAUCCCCGCGUACCACAGCAGAGCUGAUCACUACUAUAGAUGGCCAUCAGAUCACUAUCACUGUGGACUCGCUAGCCCGCUCUUGCCAUUGUCCACACAGAUGCCCUCCAGAGCUACAGGAGCUAUAUCUGAGGCUAUACAGGCCCUCUUAUACCGACAUGGCAGUAUUUCUUACAGGUCACUAUGCCGAUGGCGAGACUUUCGCCACCCGCACAUUCCUUCCAGAUGACCUAUGGUUCUUCGAUUCCGUUCUUUUUCGGAAUAUAUAUAUGGCCGGGCACAAGAUCCAGCGGAGAGGAGACUAUUUGACAGCCCUCUACGCAUUCUACACAGGCCACUGCGUAUCUAUUCCCGCGCUCAUUUGGAGCGUGAUGAGGAAGCUAUUUGACGAGUAUAUCAGCAAGGAGAAGCCCGGACGGGCUAAGUCUCUCCCCUUUGGCCACCUCAUCACCCAGAUUCUGAUUAACCAGCGCUACCCUAUUCAUCCUCGGGAGCACCCUGAGAGAGGUUCCUGUCACUUCUUGAAUAAAGACUGGGACAAGAGCUACAAUGCCAUCAUUACUAGACUACAGCACCACGCAGUAGUGGCUGCAGAGGAGCUAGAGACUGAGGAGGCAGAGGCAGCAGCUGAGGCGGCAGCAGCAGAUCCCGCAGCGGACGAUGUACCAGUCGAUCCAGCUGCCGAGCAUAUAGAUAUUGAUUUGGAGCGACCUGCAGAUGACACAGAGCAGCAUUCUCCAGCUGGGUCGCCCAUUCACGAGCAGGAGCAGACUCAGGAUUUUCAUUCUUCUGACUCUUCUAUACCUGAGGCUCUAGAUCAGACCCCCGGCUUUAGAGUACGCCUGCAGACUCUUGAGUAUGCUGUUGUUGCUAUACGAGCUGAUCUUACGGCCCACAGAGCUGAUUUUGCUACCUUUCGUACGGAUGUCGCGACUAUGUUCCGAGAUCUAUCCAAAGAUAUCCGCGGAGCCCGACCUGCCCGUCCUGCCUCAUCUUCCUGAGAUUCCAGUUUCUUCUAUCUUUUCAUGAUCCUUCUCUACUAUUGAUACUUUACUUUUGUCACUGUAUAGUACUAUUAUUUUUACAGCCGGUCUGUCGGCUUAGAUCUUUUGAUGUUCCAGUACUUUAUUUUCUAUUUAUGCAUGCUUUUUAUUAUGGUUGUCA